AUGAACGAGGCGCUGCCACAGCCACAGCCGCAGCCACAGCCAAAUCCAAACAUUCAAAUGUUCUACCCUAUGCGAGUUUCAUUUACGUUUACGAAUGUCGCCACAAAACUUUGCUCUCUGCUGAGAGUUACUCGAAAGGAAAGUUUAUGCAUUGGAUCUAUUGCAACACUUUCUGGAAUCUCGUGCUUUUCGCUUCAUUUGCAUCAAGUUAAUUCUAGUUUUUUUUCCAGUGUACGCCAUUGGCGUCGUCUAAUACCGUCGCCAGUUUGGUCGUCGCCAUCAGCAUCAGCGUUGGCAGCUUUGGAUCGCUUUGGUAGCAGCGAACGGCAACAAGAAUUCGGGCGGGGGCCAUCUGUUGCACAUCAUUCGCACUUGGUUUCUGUCGGCGCGUUGCCCUAUAUUAAUGCAACAAUUAACCCAAUGGCAACAAAAGGCUUACAACAAGUCAAAACAUUCUCUGGUCAUGGCCAUGACGGCCCAGUCGAUCUCGAUCUCAAUGCUGAUGUCGAUGUCGAUGGCGUCUUCGUGGGGCGCAUGGAAUUAGAUUUAUACAUAGAAUGAAAACCUUAAUGGGUUUCGGGCCGCCACACAAUGACGGAUGAACAAAUUUUUGAUUUUACGCUCUAAAUUAUGUACGUACACGUUCGAUCAGCUUUUUCGGUAAUCUGUAUAUCGCUUUUCAUACGAUGAAUUAUAGCGCCGCCCAUACAGGGUGC